AUGGAUCACUUCGCCUCCCCAAAUGGACAGGCUCCCCUAGGAAACGGUGGCAGCCCAUCACCCAGACAUAUUAUCAGACUCGGUCGCAUGACAAAAAUAGGCGUUCCGAUAAUCGCCGUUUUAGGAAUUGGCUAUGGUGUAACCGCCAUGCGUGAUGCGCAACAGCGCAUUCAACGCGAAUCCAUCCAAGAAGAAGAGCGUCUACGACGAAAUGCUCAAUUAAUGGAUGCCUAUGGCGACAAGACCAGUUUGGAGGAUAUGCAGAGGGCCUUGGACCACUAUCACAAAAAUUGA